GUUUACAAAAGUCACAAAAUGAUUCCCUCCAAAUAAGAGAAGAUGAAAAAAGAAGAAGGAAUAUCAUAACUAAGCUAAGAAUUAAAAUGUUACUACAAUUACAUAUUACCAAGGUAAGUAAAUGAUAGAAAAAAUCAAUCAAAUGAAGAUGACAUAUAGGUGUCCAACAAAAGAGUCUUUAAAAAUGACAUUUUAUAAAUGUAUGCAAAAAAUUAAACGUGUAAGAAAGAGUAAAAGGUUACUACAAUAUAAAGGAUGGGGUUGUUAAGCUUGGACAAUAUUAAGAAAAAGUAAAACUCUUCCACUAUCAAGAAGAAUUGCUGCCAAUUUAUCAACUUUGCAAUGGCCAUCACAAAUAGUUUUUACGGGUAUAUAAUGAUGUUAUUCGCUAUAACUAUAGUUGUAUGUGUUGAAAGUCAAUUGCAAACAUUUUAUAACGCGAUUGUUUCUAAAGAUGGGACCGGAAAUUUCAAUACAAUUGUUGGAGCAAUAUUGGCGGCCCCUGAUCACAGUGUCAAGCCAUUCUUCAUAAAGAUUAAGAAAGACACGUAUGAGGAAUAUAUUAGAGUUGAAAAAAAGAAGAUUAAUAUAGUCUUGAUCGGAGAAGGGAUGGAUAAUACGAUAAUAACCGGUAAUAGAAGUUUUGUUGACGGCAACAAAACAUAUGAUACCGCAACCGUUGGUGGUUCAGCAAAUGAAUCUUCACAAGUCUCUGGAGCACUCGCAAUAGCAGAAGUUGAAGUGCUCACCCCGAAAAUGUCAUUUGCAUCAAAAUAUUUAAGUGCUAAUGUAGCAUCAUCUAUCGCACUGUCAUAA